CGCGACUGGAAACAAUUGCCAGUCAUCCAACAAACGCCCGCCACGACACGUUGUGCAGCGGAGGAAAAAAAACAAAGAACCUCAAACGAGCGAAACCACCGUAUCGAUAUUAAAUAUGGCCGACAUCCCCGGCCUGGACGAGUUCGCGCAAACGCGAGGCGCUGACGAUCUCUUCGACGAUGAGAUCAUCCCCGUCGAGCCGGAGGAACAACAGCCCCAGCCGGAGCCUCAGGCUGUAGCUGCAGAGCCGGAGACUACUCCUGCUGCUGCUCCGGUCGUGGAUCGGGUGCCUGAAACGACGUCCGCUUAUAAUGAUAACGCGCCGCGAUCGCGGGGAGGUGAACGGCGGGGACGUGGGAGAGGGAGAGGAGGGCGCGGUGGGCGAGGAGCGCGCGAGUCUGGGCCGAAGCGGUCAGAAGGGCCGAAGAACAAACCUGACGAGGGGUCUGCGGAAUCUGAGGCUCGGGAUGGAGAAGAAAAUGCCGCUGAGACGCCUGCUGAGAAGGUAGAGGAGCCGGGUCAAGAGGAUUCUGGCGCAGCAGAGGCACCGCGCGUGCCGGCUGUUCGUGGGGAUAGGAGUGCGACCGGGGGAGUGAAGAAGCCGAAACUUACAGAAGAAGAACUAUCCCAACGCAUUGCUGCUGCGCGCGAGAACGCCGCUAAAGUAGCCGCUGCACACGCGCGUGCUGAGGCAGACCAAGCUUCAUUUAUGGAGCGCGAGAAGGUGGCAGAGAAGAAGCGACGCGAGGAACGAGCCAACCGACGAGUAAUGGACGCCGAUAGAGAGCGAAACCGACUGCGGAAGCUUGAGGCCUUGAACGGGAGAGAAUGGGAUGCUGAUAAGCCGGAAGAACAGUUCAGCUCGCGCGGUGGAGGAGGCCAGUUCCGACGGGGUAUGCACGGUGGUGUUUCCGGUGUAUCCAGAAAGGGCCUUGAAGGGUCCCGGUGGGCUGAGGAAUCACCGGACGACAAUGCUUCUCAACCCCAGAGUCACCGUGGUCGUGGUCGUGGUGGAAGAGGUGGACGCGGUCGUGGCGGCCGCCGUGUUUCUCAGGAUCCCACAUCCGAAACACCAUCUCAAGAGAAGGCUGCGGCACCUACACCGGUGAUCACCAACGAGACAGAGUUUCCUUCCCUCCCCGGUGGAGAGAAGAAAGAUCCCACCACGACUGAACCCACGCCGGCCUCCGAUAACAGUUCCAAGCCCUUAUCACCAGUUUCUGGCGCGACAUGGGCCGACCAAGUCGAGGCCUACCGGGAGUAGCUGGAGGCCAGAUUAUACCGGAACCUUGGAAAACCUUUUAUACAUAUUUUGUUUUGCAUCCAGAUUUGGAUACCCCUUAUUAUUUACGUUUAUGAUUGACGCACUGCAUGGUUCUCCUUGUUGAUUCCCCCCAAAAGAUAUACACUUCUCCUACUUGCUAUAAAUCCAUCUAUUCUUACUCCUCGGCAACCUUUG